UGGUCAUCAAGAAAACCUGUGAAUGGUGGUUCUACCGCAAUAAAUGCAGCAACAUGUCGACCCAUUGGAAACAAAAUGCAUUUCUCAUACUCACCACCUGCCUAUUUAUACUCCUUGGUUUGAUAAUCUUUUUUUCACUGCCGGUCAAGGAGACAAUCACCACCAGACCACCACCUCUACACACAAACACAAUUAGUAACUGGUCAACAACAGCAACAACAAUCACUAGUAUAGCAAUAACAAAUCCCUCCCGAAGUGAGGAAAUAACAACAACGACGACGAGGACAACACCGACCCAUACGACGACGACAACGACGAAAACAAUCACAACGAUAGAUACAGUAGGUGAUGGAGGUGGCGGUGGUGGUGGUAGUAGUGAUAUCAUUGUAAAUGUUGACGAUAAACUUUACGAUAUAACCGAUAUUACCUCGUAUAAUAAUCAGACAUUUGAAGGUGAUGAAGAAUCCUGGGGUAUCGGUGAUGAUUUAUCAAAUGAUAUAGAAAAUGAUAUCGAAGAUAUUAACCAUAGUAUCCCUGAUGAAUAUACCAGUGAAUUUGUGACACCAAUUAAAUUUCACAAUUUUACAUUAAAUGCCGAAGAUUUGUUAUACGAAUCGAAACGCAAUUUAGAUAAUAGCAAUAAUAAUGAUUAUUAUUCCGCAUUUAGUGGUACGGGUACAUUUCGUAGUAAAUCUAGUCAAAUCUGGGAUCCACAUCCGGAAUAUAUAUUCAGUGCAUUUGGACAACGUUUGCAUUUGGUAUUACAUCAAGAUACCUCAUUUAUCCCAGCCGAAACAUUUAGGGUCAUUAACAUUUUAAAUAAUCGCAGCGAAGAAAUUGAUCUAGAAGAGGGACACUAUUUGGGCUGCUACUACAAAGGUCAUGUAGAAGGUGACGAUCAGUCAGCGGUGUCUGUGUCACUCUGUCACGGCAUGACGGGUUAUAUUAAAACAAGUUUCGGUACUCUGCUCAUACAACCGGAGAACAAUCAAACAUUUAACGAUUCACAUAGCCCCAAUGCCUCCGCAGCUACAUCUGAAAUCGUACACAAAGUCUGGCGACAUUCACGUCGCAAUGCCAGACAUACUGUCUCCGCUCUUGACAUCGAUUUAGGUGAAAUCGACAAACAACAGAGCAGCGGCGGCAAUAUGCCCAAGUUGAAGCGCAAGAAACGCAAUUACGAAGGCAAUCAAUAUACCAUUGAACUGUUGGUAGCCGUUGAUCGGACGAUGCGCGAGUUCCACAAAGAAGAUCUGACGCCAUACAUUCUAACGCUGAUCUCGAUAGUGUCAAAUGUUUUUGCCGAUGCCAGUAUCGGUAAUCCCAUCAAAAUUUCGGUAGCCAAUAUUUUGGUACUAACCGAUUUUAAGAAACGACGAAAAUCCGGUUCAUCGAAUCAGACAGUUUUGGAGGCGUUCUGUUCACAUGUAGCCACAAAUGGUUAUCACUAUGAUACAGCGAUGCUAAUAACAAGAGAUAAGAUUUGUCGCAAAGAUCGAGAAACCAAAUGUGAUACAUUGGGUUUGGCUGAACUUGGUACCGUUUGUCGUCGUAAAUCCUGUUCCAUUGUACAGGAUAAUGGUUUACCGGCCGCCUUUACCAUUGCCCAUGAAUUGGGACAUAUUUUAAAUAUGCCACAUGACGAUGAUUAUCGUUGCAAGCAAUUCAACAAACCCGGCGUGAAAAGACGUCGCCACAUCAUGUCCAGUGUUAUGGAACGUGAUAUUCAUCCAUGGUCAUGGUCGGAUUGCUCACGCCAUUAUGUCUCGGAAUUUUUUGAAAAAGAAGAUACCACCUGCCUUGAAGACACACCCACAAAAUAUGUACCCAAUUACAAUACCCUACAACCGGGACAAAUUUAUUCCCUCGAUCAGCAGUGUCAGCUAAUACAUGGCAACGAGUCAGUGUUUUGCCCCCACGAAGCCGAUUGCAAACGUUUGUGGUGUAAAUCCCACUAUAGUCACACAAAUUGCCGUUCUAGUCUACUACCCUGGGCCGAUGGUACACCAUGCAAUGAAAAUCGUUAUUGGUGUAUGAAAGGUGAAUGUGUACCACGUGAAGGUUAUCAACCGCAAGCAAUUCAUGGUGGUUGGGGUCCAUGGAGUUCAUGGUCACCGUGCAGUUUAACCUGUGGUGGUGGUGUACAAGAAAGUCAGCGCGAAUGUAAUAAUCCACUACCGAAAAAUGGUGGAAAAUACUGCAUAGGGGCAAGGAAAAAAUAUCGUUCAUGCAACACACAAAAUUGUCCACCGGGCACAAUGGAUGCUCGCGAACAGCAGUGUUAUCAAAUGAAUGGUCGCCGUUUUGGUAUUAAGGGUAUUGCGCCGGAUACGAAGUGGAUACCGAAAUAUGGAUUAUCAUCCCACGAUAAAUGCAAUUUAUAUUGCCGUGGUGAAAAUCGCAAUACCGGCUAUUUCCGCCUGGCUGAGAAAGUCAUCGAUGGUACCACAUGCUCCUUCGAUACAUUCGAUAAAUGCAUCAAUGGUGUUUGCCGGCCGGCUGGCUGUGACAACGAACUCAAUUCCAUAGCUAAAUUGGAUAAAUGCGGUGUUUGUGAAGGACGCAAUGACACAUGUCAAGAUAUUGCCGGACGUUUUUAUGUCUCUGAUUUAUUGAAAGUGCAAAAACCUAAAUCAUAUUUCUAUCAUGUUACCACAAUACCCAAAGGUGCCUCCAAUAUUGUUAUCGAACAACCCGGCAAUCAUAAUGAAAACUAUAUUGUAUUGCGUGAUGAUCAGGGAAGAUCCUUGAUGAACGGUGAUCAAUUGUUGACGGCCUAUCACAACAUUAGCUAUUAUGCUGGAGUUGCCUACGAAUAUAAUGGUUCGAAUAGUACCAUUGAGCGGGUCAAUACCACAUACACCAAGAAGCUGAAAAGGGAUUUACGAGUUGAGCUCCUCUCCCUAACCUCACACAAUCAACGGGACAAUGACACCCUACUCCUAACCUAUUCCUAUACGGUGGACAAAUCCACAAACUAUGUCGAACAAGAUGUCGAAAUCUAUCGUUGGGAAAUGCAGCAAUGGAGCGUUUGUGAUUCCCUGUGCCAGGGUACAAUGCAUCGGACACCAGUUUGCAUGAGUACCAGCCAGGGCAUACAGGUGGCACCAGAAUUCUGUGAUAUUCAAUCCAAACCGCCAACGGAAUACCGGGCCUGCAAUACAGAUUGUGUUUUGACUUUAAAUCUCACCGGCAUUUCGGAAUGUUCGGCCCAAUGUGGCCAAUUGGGUACACGUGAAAAGACCUACCAUUGCAUACAAACCUUUACGGAUUUUGGUCGUUCAAAUAUUGUCGAUUUGAAAUAUUGUUCGGCCAUUUAUGAUAUAAAAACACAUGAAGAAUGCCGCGAGGGCUGCUGGAAAUAUACGGACUGGAUGCCGUGUUCACGUUCCUGUGGUUAUGCCGUACGCACCCGUAGUGUAUCCUGUUACUUUAAUAACUCAUUUGUGCAUGAUGGUUAUUGUAAUUCGAAAACCAAAGCAAAUUUGCAUGAAAUCACCGCCAUUUGUGACCUAGAACCAUGUCCGACAUAUUCGGCACCUAAAAACUCACAUCUGCUGCUUAAUAAUUGGAUUGCAUCCGAUUGGGGAGAAUGCGAUGACAAAUGUGAAAAGAAUCGCACAGUAACAUGUCGACAUCCUCAGGGUAUCGGCUGCAGCAGUGACAAGAAACCCAUUAACCGAAGAAAAUGUUGCACCAUCAAAUAUGUUUCCAAUUGGUCAGCGUGUUCGGUACAAUGUGGCAAUGGGGUGCGGACAAAGGAAAUGCAUUGUGCCCGCGUCUAUAAGCCAGAAAUCAAGGGUGCGCCACGACGUCGUGAGUUUAUCGAUCCAAAUUAUUGUCGCCACCUACGCAAGCCCACACCCAAACGAAACCACAAACCAUGUAAGGUUAGCUGUAAAUGGUCCGUUUCCAAUUGGUCCCAAUGUCCGACCGAUUGCAGUGAAGAGUAUCAAUCACGUUCGGUGUAUUGCGAAUCGAUAGCUGGCAAUCCGAUAAAUCACAUGUACUGUGAUGCUUCGAAGAAACCACCCGAAAAGAAGAUCUGUAACAAUUGUGUUAAACGGGAAUACAAUACCUUGUCAAAAUGCAACUGUGAAGGCUAUCGCAGAAAGCGUAUCUUCUGUUAUGAUUCUCGACAUCAACGGAUACCCUGCCCCACCAAGGAAAAAGUCAUCAAAGAGAAAUGCCGACCACCAUCCUACUGUUAUCCAUCGUCUUGUUACGACUUGCGGCGCUUCCAUAAUACCCAUGAAGAUGGCGAGUACACCAUAUAUGUCCGAUCGAAACCGAAACGUAUCUAUUGCCACGACAUGGCAUCGACAUCACCCAAAGAAUAUGUAACGCUCAACUCAACCGAGAAUUAUUCAAUUUAUUACGAUCGUAAAACACGAAAUCCCGAUCAAUGUCCACCCGAUUCUAGGCAGUGGGAAUAUUUGGAACGGUCAUUACAAUCGGGUCGUACAUCAUUCCGAAAGAUUCGUAUCGAUAUAUUUAAGUUGCAGGUCAUUGUGGAUGAUUUUACGUUUGCCGAUUCGGUGGGCAAUCCACAACCAUACGGUUCGGCUGGUGAUUGUUAUAAUCGUCGGAAACAAUGUCCACAGGGUGAUUUCUCGAUAAAUAUUUCACAGACCGGUUUUCGAAUACGACAUGGUGUUAUUUGGGAGGCAUAUGGUAACCAUGUGAAAAUAAAGGAGUCGCCAUCGAAUUCUAUACAUUCUCAUCGAGCUUUGUGUGGCGGCUAUUGUGGUGGUUGUCGAAUUGCCGAUGAAGCACCCCUCUUCCUUGAUGUGUGAUGCUGCGGUUGACAAUGGGACAACUCAGCCCCCUUUCUUUUUUUGUGGGCAGUUUCACAAAACUGCAAUUGUUUGGUGCUAAAAACAAAACACAACUGUUUUCGA